CCCCAGGUGGCCGCUGCUCGCCGAGCGUCCCGCCGUGCCACGCCGCCCGCGAGUCUUUUUUCAGAGUCUGAAGAGCUUGAGGCACACUUGCCAGCUUCCCACUGCUCCUCUGCGGCAGCGUCUCGCUUUCAGCUUUCAGGUUAACUGAAAUCUGCAAACAUUCUCUGCUGCAAGAAAAAAAGGGUGAUGUCAUCAGAAGAUGAUGCUGGCGGGGAGGCUCCUGGGGGCAGUUUCUGGGAGGCUGGAAACUACAAGCGGACAGUGAAACGUGUGGAUGAUGGCUACCGGCUCUGCAAUGACCUUAUCUCCUGCUUCCAGGAGCGAGCCAAGAUAGAGAAGAACUAUGCCCAGCAGCUCACAGAAUGGUCCCGUAAGUGGAGGACCAAUGUGGAGAGAGGUCCGCAGUAUGGUACUCUGGAAAAGGCCUGGCAUGCCUUCCUGACAGCUGCAGACAAACUGAGUGAAAUUCACUUGGCUGUCCGGAACCACCUGGCUGGUGAAGAUUCCGAUAAGAUCAAGGCCUGGCAGAAGGAGGCCUACCACAAGCAGAUGAUUGGAGGCUUCAAGGAAACAAAGGAUGCAGAGGAUGGGUUCCGCAAAGCCCAGAAACCCUGGGUGAAGAAGAUGAAAGAUGUGGAGACUUCUAAGAAAAACUAUCAUGCAGCCCGGAAGGAGGAGAAAACGGCCCAUACAAGGGAGAGCCAUGCCAAGGCAGACUCGUCUGUCUCACAGGAGCAGAUGCGCAAGUUGCAGGAGCGUGUAGAGAAGUGCACUCAGGAGGCUGAGAAGUGCAAGGAUCAGUAUGAGAAGAUGCUGGAAGAAUUGAAUCGCUACAAUCCCCGCUACAUGGAGGACAUGGAGCAAGUGUUUGAGGGCUGUCAGGAGGCAGAGCGCAAGCGAUUGUGCUUCUUCAAGGAGAUGCUUCUGAAUCUGCACCAGCAUCUCAACCUCUCCACCAGUGAAAGCUUUCAUGCAUUGUAUCGGGAUCUCCACCAAGUCAUCCUGGCUGCAGACAACCAGGAGGACCUGAAGUGGUGGCGCAACACUCAUGGACCGGGCAUGGCGAUGAAUUGGCCUCAGUUUGAGGAAUGGUCCCUUGAAACACAGAGGCAAAUCACCAAGAAGGAGAAGAGUGGAAAGAUGGCUGAUGAUGUCACACUGACCAGCAUUUUGCCUGCACGAGAUGGUGUUGUCUCACAGACCCCUCUGCAGACAAGGUUUUCCUAUCAAGAGGAGCAGAACAGUCUCUUCUAUGACACCCUGAAGGCACCAACCCAUGUGAACGGAGGGAAGGAAGACAUUUCAGAGUGGUCCGAUGAGGACACUCCCAAGAAGUGCCUGGAUGCCAACGGGCAUGAGGAAGACCUGAAGGUACCAGGUGUACGGGUACGAGCACUCUAUGACUACACGGGACAGGAGGCUGAUGAGCUGAGCUUUAAAGCAGGUGAAGAACUAAUGAAGAUUAGUGAGGAAGAUGAGCAGGGCUGGUGCAAAGGCCGACUUCUCACUGGUCAAGUUGGACUCUAUCCUGCCAAUUAUGUUGAGAAGGUUGGAUCAUGAUUGCUGCUGCCCCACCAGUGCCUCACAGCCAUACCAGCAUCUCCUGCAGAGGUCACUGGGUCACUCCUGGCCCCAACCCACCUUUGCAGUAUAUUCAGCAGCUUCUGGACUUUAAAGGCACAUAUUCCAUGUAACUAAUGCUUCAUUUAAACAUCUAGAUCUGUAGGGAUUUUCUAAAAAAUAAACAAGAAUGAAUAAAGACUUUUCUGAGCACUACAGUAGUGUAGGAGUGCAGAAAGAAACAGACCCUUUUGACUUGCACUGAGUGAAAGGAGGUAAGUGUUUUCAUGGAGCUCUAGAAAAGAGAGAAAGCAUACUUCCCUGACUUCAGUGCACAUGCAUUCACAGUGCAUUGGGUGUUGAGGUCUGCCCUGCCUCCAGGCUUCCUGUUCAAUGAAUUUUUGAUAUGCAGUGUAAUAAGGAACUUCUUCUAUUGUUUCCCCUUUUUAGCUCCAUCAAGCUGACUGGCAGAAAGGUCUCUGUUCUCCCAUGUAUUUUAUAAGUUUUCAGUAUCCCUCACCUGCAAGCUUGUUGGCUUCCCUGAUAAGACAGCUGUUGAAGUUACACAGCUACAACCUGAACAUCCCUUUUCACUGUGCUCAUUUUUAUUGGGAUAACCCCAGGAGUAUAGCUGAGGCACAUGAGAAAGAAGCUUCUGUCUUGCAUGGUGUGGCUGUUCAGGCUAAUGAGUUCUGAACAGACCUGUUGUGCAGCCAGUUGGAGCUGACUGAAUGCUCCCUGACUAGAAUGGUCUUUGACACAUGAAGGCUGGUUUUAAAAUGACAGCCACGUUCUAGUGCUGUUCUGCUUAGGAUUCCUAAAUUGACUUGUGUAUGUUGGGGUUUCUAAUGCAUCUAGAUUAUUUUGGCUAUACCUCUCUUCAAGAGCACUUAGUGCACAGCAGAGACCCUCUUUUUUUCCUUUCCAAUAUCUUCUUGGCUCACACAGGGCUAGAAGCGCACUCCCUGCUUUGCCAAAGACCCCUGCACUGUGAUGAGGGUUGCACUGUGGAAGUUGCCUGCUGGCUAGCACAAAUGACUUAUAGAGGGGUAACUCCCCUUUUUGUCCUGAAUUGCUCAAGUGCACUUAUGCCCAGUUGUUAAGUGCCAUUCAGCAGGGAGGAUGUAUCCAUCUUUAUCUCACCUGUCCUCAUGCCUUUGAAAGCCUGUGAGGCUGCUGGGAAGACCUGAUCCUAGUGCUCUGUAUAUUCCAGCAUAGGGACUGAUUAACCCAAGAGCUUGAGGGAACAAAAAACUGGAAAAUCUCCCAUUGCCAGAGAAACAAAGGCAACAAGCAGUUGCCUAAAAAUGGCUUACUUAGUACAUCUGCCUGAAACUGCUGCUGAAAUGCAUUUUGAGUUUGUAGUAACCUUCUGAAGUGACAUUCUUAUUCUGGCCUAGCAUAUGUGAGUGACCUGGCUCAGUCAGACUCACAGAACUCAGCUGAGCCUCCACCAACCACUUGGAGUGAACUGCUUCAGAGCUGUUUGGAAAAAGAGUGCUACACAUAAGAAAGGCUUAAGUCAUGGGUGAACAUCAAGAUUAAAUGGGCCAGUAUUGUGUUAACAGCAGCUAGUAAACCAAUAUGUAGACUGAAACAGAGGAGAGGAUAGACAUUCAAACACUUAAUUUAUGAAGAUUAAAGUAUCACAAAUAUCUCAUUGCCUGGCUGACAACAGAAAUUAACCUUUUACACCAUAGUGCAUGCCUUGAAUGUAGUUUGCCAUGGACAAAGAGAUGGGAGACCACAGAAACUUACAGUUGGAAAGUUUUGCUUGAAAUAUCCCUAGCAAUGUACUUCAUGAAUGGGGAAGAGGCAAACUAAAAGAAAAAGGCUAAAGCAUUUUGCUCAGAGUCUAUUAUGUCAUUUUUCAAUAAAAGAGAAAGUAUUUCCAAAAGGCAAUUAAAUAUCUAAGCAACACAUUAAAAAUGCCUGGAUUUAGCUAUGAAUUUAGUUAGCUAGGUUCAGUAUCUGAAGAUGCCUCUAAGCUUAUGCCAUGUAAUUAGACGUGUUGGUGUAUAAGCACUUGGAUUUAUUUAAAGAUCCAGUCUGCUCUCAGUUCUGUGUCCCAGGUAAAAAUAUAGUGUUGUGCAGUAAUUGCAAGUGUUCCACUUGCUGACCCACACUGGAAUGAUUUGUUGCUCCUUUGUCUUAGCACACGUGAAUAUGAAGAGGGCCUGCCAGGCUUCUAAGAGAGCUGAGAUUAAAACAGCAAUAAAAUGACCUGAGAUGUCUUGUAAACAAUACUGAAGUUUCCCUGAUUAACCUGCAUAUUUCAAACACCAAUGCUAGACUUUCAUGUAAGGUCAAAAAAUGGUAGAAGGGAGCUACAGAGGAUGACAUUGAAAAUUUAUUUCUAACUCUAUGUGAGUUCUAGUCAGGCUGUAAUUAGGGAUGGAGGUAGGUGUGGCCAUAACAUGCUAAAGGACAGAAAUGUCCAGUGAACAGAACCUCUGAUUACAGUACAAACAACCUGAAAUUCCACAGGACAAAGUCUGAACAGACUUGUUUGUCCUAGGAAAACACGACCACCUGAUUAUAGUGGGCUGCUUGAACGUUUCCAGAAAUUGUGACAUAUUGUAUCUUAUGCCAACAAGUUCUCUAAGGACUGUUUGCACAUCAGAAAUUCCUGCCAAGAGCUGAAGUAAUGGACAGCAGACAAUACAUUGAGAAUGAAAAAUUGCUUGGUUGGACUAUACCUCAGAAACAGGCAUGGCACUUAGUCCUGGCUACCCAAAACCAUCUGGAUUAGUAAAAGAGAGCCUGUGAAGUAAAGAUCUAGCUAGAGGGAAGGAUUAAAAAACAACCCCAAACCAACCCACAUCUAAUGAUCUUUUAUUAAAGUAAUAGCUCUACCUGGAUACUUGGUUUUCCACAGAAGCAAAUGAGGUUUUGUUAGCCACAAAGGUUCUAGUUGAAACUUCCGUGCCAUGCCAAAAGUUUUGUGUGUGAACAGAGACAUGUACACAGAAACUAAUUGCUGUGCCUGAAUUCCAGAAGGCCAGUGAAGCCUGUUCUUCCCCCAUGGUUUUUGUAAAAAAAAAAAUACA